AAUGGCCAAGGCUCCUAAGAAAAAGUUCUCAUCUGCACCUAACCCAACUGGAGCCACUGUGGCUGCCGAAAAGCAUCUUAACUCCGUGUUUAAGUUCAAUACCAACUUGGGUCAACAUAUCUUGAAGAACCCAUUGGUGGCACAAGGAAUUGUUGAUAAAGCUGGAAUCAAACCUUCAGAUAUUGUCUUGGAAGUUGGACCAGGUACUGGUAACUUGACUGUUCGUAUUUUGGAACAGGCUCGCAAGGUUGUGGCUGUGGAAAUGGAUCCUAGAAUGGCAGCUGAAUUAACCAAGAGAGUUCAUGGAACUCCCCAACAAAAGAAGUUGGAGAUUCUUUUAGGUGAUUUCAUGAAGACCGACUUGCCAUACUUUGACGUUUGUAUCUCGAAUACCCCCUACCAGAUUUCAUCUCCUUUAGUGUUUAAGUUGUUGAACCAACCAAGACCUCCUAGAGUGUCUAUUCUUAUGUUCCAGAGAGAAUUCGCUUUGAGAUUACUUGCAAGACCAGGUGAUGGUUUAUACUGUAGAUUAUCUGCCAACGUACAAAUGUGGGCUAAUGUGACUCAUAUAAUGAAGGUCGGCAAGAACAACUUCCGUCCUCCUCCACAAGUUGAAUCCUCAGUGGUGCGUAUUGAAGUCAAAACCCCUAGACCUAAUAUCGACUUCCACGAAUGGGAUGGGUUAUUGAGAAUUGUAUUCGUCAGAAAGAACAAGACCAUAGCUGCAGGUUUCAAAUCCAACAAUGUCAUCGAAAUCUUAGAAAAAAAUUACAAGACUUUCUUGGCUACCUCCAACACCGACGAUGCUAUGGUUGUCGAUGACAAAGCCAGUAUGACUGAAGUUGUCAAGAAUAAGAUUGACCAGGUUUUGACUGAAACAGGCUUUGCCGAAAAGAGAGCUUCCAAAUUAGACCAGACUGACUUCUUGAAGUUGUUGUACGCUUUCCACCAAGUUGGUAUCCAUUUUGCAUAAUCCAGUCUUCAAUAGAGAUACGGUUCAUUUCAAUUUCUGUACAUUAGAUGGCACAAUUAAUAUAUAAUAAAUAUCUUAAUUUUUAAAGUUAUACAUAUUCUACUCUGUUCUAUGCUGAUCUAUCUCUAUGUUCUAGGUUGUCUAUCUUCUCUUGGUACUCUUGGAGGUGUCCUUUUCAAUUACUUCGCCUACGCCACCCAACUCUUCCAAGUUGUCUUCAGCAAUAGCCACCUGUUCUCUUCUUUCCCAGAAUCUAUCUUCACACAAGUCAAAGGCUGCCUUCUUCAAAUAUUUACCUCUAGCAUCUCUAUGGCUAGAGAUAGACCAUUCCAAGAAAUGAGCACCAGUACGACUGUAGAAAGCACGCAAGUUUUCAAAUGGCUUUGGAUGUGGCAACCAUGGUCUUGGAUCAGGAAUCUCGUCCUCGUCAACUUCCUCCUCUUCCUCUUCAGUUUCUUCUUCAUCUUCAGCUUCUAAUUUGGUAUCGCUUUCUUCGUCGUCAUCUUCGUCAUCUUCGUCAUCUUCGUCAUCGUACUCAUCCUCGUCAGAAUCAACUAUUUCUUGGUCCAAUUCAGAUAAGUCUUCCCACAAGACUCUGCAACCAUCUAACUUCCCGAGAUCGAUGGCAUACAUGGAAUCCAAGUUGUACUCGUGUUCACCUCUUUCAAAGAUACCACCAAAAAUAUAUAAUACGUCAUCUACAACACAUGUAGUGGCAUUGAAACGAGCAUGGGGCAACUGGUUCAUGACGACAUACUCAAUAGCCUCUUCUUUCUCUUCUUCCUGCUCUUUCAACUUCAACUGUUCUAACUGAGAAAGCUCGUCACCGGUUUCAUCGUCAUCAUCAUUCAACUUUGCUUUGGCUAAGAUCGAGUUCAAGAGCUCUUCC